UUGGGCAGCCCAUCAAGGAAACCCAGGCCCAACACACCCCGCUCUCCUCUCUCUCUCUCUCCUCCCUCGCCGCACCACCGCCUCUCUCUCGCUCGCCCCUCUUCUCCGGCGAAUAUUCCCGCGUGCCCUCCCUCCUUCCCCCAACUUCCUCGCCUUCCUCCCUACGGCAAGCCGGCAGCCGCCGCACUCGUCAAACACAUAGCCCAAAAAAUAAAAAAGUCCGACCCUCCCGACGAGAAGAAGCUGCUCACGACUCCUCCCCGGGGCCGGCGAUGCUGCGACGCGUCCUCCACCUCCGCCGCUUCCACCACCACCGCCACCUCCUCCGAUUGCUCUCCUCAAGCACCACUCCGCCAGCCUCUACCGCGCCAUCUCCCUCCGCAUCCUUCUCCCUCCCUAUUGCCGCCCCGCCCCAACCGCCGCACCACCUCGCGCCCCACCGCAGUGGGGCCCGCCGCCUCGCCCCGCUCCUCGCCUUCUCCACGCUCUCCCUCGCCGCCGCCGGCACGGUCUACCUCACCACCGACAACCUCGAGGAGACACUGGAGCGGUCCAAGGCGUCCUCGGGACGCGUCGUGGAGCAGAUGCGGCAUACGGUGGCGGCCGCUCGGGUGCUGUGCAGGUCGCUCAUGUCCGUCCUCUCGUCCGCGAACCAGGAGGUGCGGUCGGGGUUCGAGCUGCGGGUGGCCGCGCUGCUCGCCGACAUCGCUGCCGCCAGCGCCGCGCGCCGCGCGGCCAUUGUCUCCGCGGGCGGUGGCGUCGUCGUUGACUGGCUGCUCGACAGCGUCGUGCGCGGCGCCACGCAGGCGGAGGCCGCUAGGGCGCUCGCGCACCUGGUGGCCGAUCCGUGGGUCGCGCCUGCCGUUCUCGGGCGCCCACGCGCCGUGCCCUGCCUCCUCCAGUUCAUCUUCUCUUACCAACCCACGCGCGGCAAGAAGAACUCUAGGCACUCUUCAUUUGAUGGUUCGGAUCAUUCUAAAGGGAGGAGCAUGCUUGUGGCUGCACUUAUGGAUAUCAUCACUUCGAACUGCGAUAAUGCAGAUUACUCUUCGUUUCAGCCUUUGCUGCCUGCAGAUGCUGAUACAAGAGAUAUUGCAGCAGCAAUUGAAGUCAUUGAGCAAGGGGGCAUGCAUUUUGAUGACCACGAGGAUAAUAGCAGCAAUGAUGGUGACAGAGGAUUAAAAGGAAUAGGGAUUAAGGUGGUUGGUGGAACCACUAUAUUGGGAUUCUCUAGGGGAAAUAACUCCUUGGAGUUGAACAACUCAGAUAAUGAUAUUCUGGAAGUCUCACAUAAUAGUCGAAGAUUGGUGGUGCAAGAGGCUGCUAUUGAGUCUCCACUAGUUGAGAAAUUAAGUUCUUCUGCUGUCCCAGGCCUUUGGGAUGACUUGCAGAGGGAGCAUGUAGCUGUACCUUUUGCUACAUGGGCCCUUGCAAACUGGGCUAUAGCAUCUGAUUUGAAUCGCUCUCGUAUUCAAGAACUUGAUAGUGAUGGGCAUGCGGUCGCAACUGCACUGAAAGCACCAGAAAGAACUGUUAAGUGGCAUGGAGUUCUGGUGGCUCGAGCUCUUUUAGAAGACCAGAAUUUGACCUUGGCUCUUUCAGUACCUGAUUGGUGCUCUAGUCUUCUUUCUACAGCUUCUCAGGCUACUGAGAGCGAUGACAUGCCAUUGGGCCAGCUGGCGUUAUCUACUUUCCUAUUAUCCAUGAUGCGGUGUAAUGAGUCAAAAUUUGUGAUAAGGCAGAAGGGCCUUCAUCCUCUUCGUAGUAUCACAAAAAAGAUAGAAAAUCAGAAUGGUCAGAACAGUAUGAAAGAAUCAAUAGUGGUGGCUCUGAGUUUGCUUUAUGCUGGUGAAGUUCCUUUAUCACUUGAGGAGUCUCAACGAUGGUCUGGCAUUCUUCUUCGUUGGCUUUUUGAUAAAUCUGUGUCAGAUAAAACACAUCUCACAGCUGUGAAAAUCCUUUCAUGCAUACUUGAAGACUACGGGCCAGCUUCUGUGCCAAUUUCUCAGGGAUGGUUAGCUCUUGCCCUUUCUGAGAUUCUUGGUGACAACAAGGUACGAAAUUUGAAAGGAACCACUCAGCCUGAGCCGGAUAAAGUGAAGAGUCCGGUUGAUUACCAUAAUGCUUCCACUGCGACUCAGGUCCUGAAUCAAUUAGCUAGCGCUGUUGUUAAACUAGCAAGUAUUCAAUCGGACUAUGAAUCUGGAUCUGAUGACAAAGUACCGCUUUCCGAUUUUCUAUCUCUUGAACCAUUUGCUGCAGCUCUAAAGAAUUUGAACAAAAAGAACCUGCCUAAGUUUGAUGCUGCUGACUCAGCAGCAGCUACGCUUAAGGGAAUAAAAGCUCUAGCUGAGCUUUGUUCUGAGGAUGGUGCAUGCCAAAAGAGAAUAGCUGAUUUAGGGGCUCUUUCCUUGUUGAGGCACAUCCUCCUGGGUGAUGAUUAUGAGAAACUUGCUGCAACUGAAGCAUAUGAUGCAUCACGAAUUCGGGAAGUGCAAGACAAGAAUGUGUCUGCUUCUAAUGUUUCUUCUCCUGAUGCUACCACUGAUCCCUCAAGUGUACGGGUUCCUCCUGCCGCACAUAUUCGAAGGCAUGCUGGACGGCUGCUUACCAUUCUCUCUCUUCUACCCAAUUCAAAGAAGGAAAUUAUUUCUGAUGAUGUAUGGUGCAAGUGGCUUGAGGAAUGUGCAAGUGGGCGAGUUCCUUGCAAUGAUAUAAAACUAAAAAGUUACUGCCGGUUAACAUUGUUGAACAUGUUCUGCUCUGAGAAUAUAAAUACGAGAAGAGCUUCUGAUGAAUAUCCUGAUUCAGAAAGCGAGUAUAAAAGAAAAUGUCCUCAGUUUGGAGAUGCACUGUUCUCGCUAAAUCCAGAGUUACCUCUCGAGGUUCAUUUGGACAACAGUGGUUUUGGGAUUUCAAAAGUUACAAGGGAUAACUAUAAUGAUGACGGAUGUAUUGAAGACUGUGGCUCUGAAACUGGGAGCUCUGUAGACGGUGCAGAUGCUGCGUCCAAAACUGCCCCUUUGAUGGAUGUUGUGUUUGUACAUGGCCUUCGUGGUGGCCCAUUUAAUUCAUGGCGGAUAGCUGAUGACAAAUCAUCAACUACCAAAGCUGGUUUGGUGGAAAGCAUUGACGAGGAUGCUGGAAAAGAGGGCACAUGUUGGCCAAGAGAAUGGCUUGCAGCAGAUUUUCCUCAAGCUCGUUUUUUUACUGUCAAAUACAAGACAAAUUUGACCCAAUGGACUGGAGCCAGCUUGCCCCUUCAGGAGGUGAGCUCUAUGCUGCUGAGGAAGUUGGUGGCUGCUGGGAUUGGUAGUCGGCCUGUUGUUUUUGUGACACAUAGCAUGGGUGGACUUGUGGUUAAGCAGCUGUUGUAUCAAGCAAAGCUGAACAAUUAUGAUAAGUUCCUGAAUAAUACUGUUGGGCUAGUUUUUUAUAGCUGUCCACAUUUUGGCAGUAAACUUGCAGACAUGCCAUGGCGUAUGGGGUUGGUAUUUCGUCCUGCUCCUUCGAUUGGUGAGUUAAGAAGUGGAUCUCCAAGACUAGUUGAACUAAACGAUUUUGUGCGACAGCGCCACAGUAAAGGACUUCUUGAUGUUCUUAGUUUUAGUGAGACCCAAGUCACACCGAUUGUUGAAGGCUAUGGUGGUUGGGCACUUCGGAUGGAGAUAGUGCCAAUUGAAUCUGCAUACCCAGGUUAUGGGGAACUCGUUGUUCUACCAUCAACUGAUCAUAUAAAUUCAUGUAAGCCAGUGAACAAGAAUGACCCUUCUUAUGCAGAAACCUUGGGAUUUUUGGAGAAAAACUUCAAAUUGCGUCUCAAAAGAUCAGAAUCCUAGGUCUUGCCUCCCGAGUGGCACUGCACCAAUUCAGUUGGAUGUUACUGGUGCUGCGGUAUUUUUGGGCAGUAUGGAUGUCCCUGUCUCCCAUUUCCUCUCGGAGACUUGCUUCUCCCUCGACUGCAACAUGGUGGUUGACCUGACGAAGCUAUUUGGGCGGGCUGUGUUUUUUGAAGCUUGCACCCAAUUGUGGGCUUCACAUUAUACCUUGUACAUACCUGAUAAGUUGUAAAUAGUUGUCUUCGCCUUUUAGAUGUAAUAGUUACCUCGCUUGUAAGGUCAAGUAAUAUAUGUGUAUCACAUCUAAAAGAAAAUGUGUAUCAUCUCGGAAUAGUAUAAUUUUCUUUUUAUUUUCAGAAGCACGCAUCCGUACAUGUUGAACAGAGGCUCGAUUCCAAAUCCUUCUCUAUUCG